GCCGGGUCUGAGGCAAGCCACAGCACAUGUCCCCCAUGGAAAUCCAGCCAACCUGGAACAGGGGAGCGUUUCUCGAUGUUGUUAAGUAUCCGUACGGGGGUGCUUGAUUUCCAUACCCCUUGAAGUCCAAAGCCCGUCGAAUCUGCAGUGGUGCAGGGCAGAUAGUUGAGGUGCGCGUGUGCAAUUUGCACAGACGGGGGACCACGUUUGUAUGGGCAAGGCAAACUCCGAGAAUACGCCGGGAAAUAUUCUAAGGCCAGGUACAUUUGCUGUAACAGUAUUCCGUACAUCGAAACAACGCCGUCCGAUUCGGGUUCAUCAGAUCGUCGUCGCUCACUCGUGGUUUCUGCAGGUGCAGGUAUUCGUCGUCGCGGCAAUCUAUGGUUUAAGCAAGACGGCCAACGUGACCGUUAAAUUUUUCGUUGCGACAUCGCAGUUCGAGGCUCGGGUGGAUCUGUGAGACAUGAAUUUGUUGAUCUUUCGUCGUGGCGGAAUUGACGCGGGCGAU